AUGGCCUCGGGCCGCAGGGGCUGGGACAGCUCCCACGAAGACGACCUGCCCGUCUACCUCGCCCGGCCCGGCACCACGGACCAAGUCCCGCGGCAGAAGUACGGCGGCAUGUUCUGCAACGUGGAGGGCGCCUACGAGAGCAAGACGCUGGAUUUCGAUGCCCUGAGCGUGGGGCAGCGGGGCGCGAAGACCCCCCGGAGCAGCCAGAGCAGCGCCCGCGGCCCUGGGCCCCAAGCGGGCGCCGAGGGGGACCCGGCGCGCAGGGGCCCAGGCCUGGAGGAGAGCCGGGAUCCCGCGCCCGCUUCGCCGGCGCCCGCCGGGGUGGAGAUCCGGAGUGCCACGGGCAAGGAGGUGCUGCAAAACCUCGGCCCCAAAGACAAGAGUGACCGUCUUCUUAUCAAGGGAGGCAGAAUUGUCAACGAUGAUCAGUCCUUUUAUGCUGAUAUUUACAUGGAAGAUGGCUUAAUAAAGCAAAUUGGAGACAACCUAAUUGUCCCUGGAGGAGUGAAGACCAUUGAGGCCAAUGGGAAGAUGGUGAUCCCAGGAGGCAUUGACGUCCACACUCACUUCCAAAUGCCAUAUAAAGGGAUGACCACAGUGGACGACUUCUUCCAAGGAACAAAAGCUGCCUUAGCAGGUGGCACCACCAUGAUCAUUGACCAUGUGGUGCCAGAGCCGGAGUCCGGCCUGACAGAGGCCUAUGAGAAGUGGCGAGAGUGGGCUGAUGGGAAGAGCUGCUGUGACUAUGCCCUGCACGUGGACAUCACUCACUGGAACGACAGUGUCAAGCAGGAAGUGCAGAACCUCAUCAAGGAUAAAGGGGUUAACUCCUUCAUGGUUUACAUGGCCUAUAAGGAUAUGUAUCAAGUGUCCAACACAGAGCUCUACGAGAUCUUCAGCUCCCUCGGAGAGCUGGGGGCCAUUGCCCAAGUUCAUGCCGAGAACGGGGAUAUCAUUGCUCAGGAACAAACUCGGAUGCUGGAAAUGGGGAUAACUGGCCCAGAAGGCCAUGUACUGAGCAGACCAGAGGAGCUGGAAGCGGAGGCUGUGUUCCGUGCCAUCACCAUCGCCAGCCAAACCAACUGCCCUCUCUACAUCACCAAGGUCAUGAGCAAGAGUGCAGCUGAUCUCAUCUCCCAAGCCAGGAAGAAAGGAAAUGUGGUCUUCGGCGAGCCAAUCACUGCCAGCCUUGGCACAGAUGGAACCCAUUACUGGAGCAAGAACUGGGCCAAGGCCGCUGCGUUUGUGACAUCGCCCCCUCUGAGUCCUGACCCAACCACUCCUGACUACAUCAACUCUUUGCUGGCCAGUGGCGACCUCCAACUCUCUGGGAGUGCCCACUGCACCUUCAGCACUGCCCAGAAAGCCAUUGGCAAGGACAACUUCACAGCCAUUCCGGAGGGCACCAAUGGUGUGGAGGAGCGGAUGUCAGUUAUCUGGGACAAGGCUGUGGCCACGGGGAAGAUGGAUGAAAACCAGUUUGUGGCGGUGACAAGCACAAACGCUGCUAAGAUCUUCAACCUAUAUCCUCGCAAGGGAAGGAUAUCUGUCGGUUCCGACAGCGACCUGGUCAUCUGGGAUCCAGAUGCUGUGAAGAUCGUCUCUGCAAAGAACCACCAGUCGGUGGCGGAGUAUAACAUCUUUGAGGGGAUGGAGCUUCGUGGGGCUCCCCUGGUUGUAAUUUGCCAGGGCAAGAUCAUGAUGGAGGAUGGCAACCUACAUGUGACCCAGGGAGCCGGCCGCUUCAUCCCUUGCAGCCCGUUCUCGGACUAUGUCUACAAGCGCAUUAAAGCCAGGAGGAAGAUGGCAGACCUGCACGCCGUCCCAAGGGGCAUGUAUGAUGGACCGGUGUUUGACCUGACAACCACCCCCAAAGGCGGGACCCCUGCAGGCUCCACACGGGGCUCUCCCACUCGGCCCAACCCACCCGUGAGGAAUCUCCAUCAGUCGGGAUUUAGCCUAUCAGGCACCCAAGUGGAUGAGGGAGUCCGCUCUGCCAGCAAGCGCAUCGUGGCGCCCCCUGGAGGCCGUUCCAAUAUCACAUCCUUGAGUUAAGCAACUCCUUCCCAAUGAGAAGGGGCGGAAAAGCAAGAAGAAAUUUUUUUGAAGCCAAAAUGGUACAUCGAUAUUUAGGAAGGAAAGCGAAUCCAAACAGUUGUGAUCUAAAGAAUCGAUAAGCCUCAAGCCUUAUGUUUCUCCAAUGUUACGCUCGCUUGGCUAGCUUUAUGAGUAUUGCUUUGUUUUCUGUUGAUGCAUAGUCUUGAUUUGGUUGAUGCCCUCCCCCCAUUUACAUGCAUGCUAUCAGACAGGCCACUAAGGUACAGAGUCUGCUAUAUAGUGUUGAGCGCGUGUGUAGUGCUGCAUCUUAAGACAAGGGGACAGACAAAGCCGGGAGGUCAG